CGUUGUCGGGUGUGCUGUCUGCUUUGCUUAUGUCGCAAGCUACACGCUCGGGCUCUGAUACAGCGUUGGUAUGCAACGUGCCCUUUUGAGCUCGUAUUGCACCUCAGACUUCAUGCUUGACAAAGAAGGAAGACAUCUUCUUGCUUAUCACAACGCUGCACUGAGAAAAUACUGCAGAAUUACACGUAACUAGCACCCCACAGCAAGCUCGUGACAGUCCAACAAGAUCUUCAACCGCUUCAACCAUGCUGGGAAUAGGCCGCAGCGUGGCAGUAUUAAGGCAGCAUGCCGUUUCUCUGCUCGAGGCCGGCAUCCAAGAAGUGCAACCAAACAGACUCUUACCCAAAUGGGUAAAAAGGGAAGGGGACAUGCUUCUGAUUCGAGAUCAGGAGCCUCUGAAGCUGAAGCACAAUGUCUAUGUUGUAGGAUUUGGAAAAGCUGUGGGUGGCAUGGCACAUUCCCUGCAAAAGAUUUUGGGAAGUCAACUGGUCAAAGGCUCCGUAAGCGUGCCUGUUGGCACAAGAGAAACCAUGGUGAAGCUCAACAAGCCAGAGUAUCUUCCUGAAGAUAACGGGCAGUUUGACAUAAGAGAGGGUGCCCGCAACAAUCUCCCUGAUGAAGCAGCUCUCGCAGCGACAAAGUCGAUUGUGGCCAUGAUUUCAAGCCUUCAGGAGUCCGACAUAUUGCUGGUUCUUAUUUCAGGUGGUGGGUCUGCCCUUCUGCCUCUGCCACUGAAACCAAUCACAUUGCAAGAAAAACUGGACACAAUCAAACUUCUGGCCAAUAGUGGAGCACCCAUAGAUGCACUGAACUGCAUCAGAAAGAGGCUUUCUGCAGUCAAAGGUGGCCGCCUGCUUCAAUACACUAAGGCCAAGGUCUUUGCACUAAUCAUCUCAGACAUUGUGGGAGACCCCCUAGACCUUAUCGCCAGCAGCCCCACCGUUCCGAACACUGACGAUCCGAGCUUACCACUCAAGAUACUAGACAAAUACAAUGUCACGAACAAAGUACCGGCUAGCGUGCUAACGAAGCUACAACAGGCGGACGAACCUCAACAACGUGCGACAACAACUGCAUGCAACCUUCUCAUCGGAACCAACCUGACGGCCGCGCAAGCUGCGUGCCGCGAAGCAGGAAAGCUCGGCUACCACUCUCACCUGUUGACAACCUCACUGCACGGAGAAGCAAGGACGGUGGGCAAAGCAAUGGCGGAGCUGGCGAUGUGGCUACUCAGCCGGCAGAGCGAUCUGAACCCGUCGGAGAUUGCGGAAAAAUUGUGCGUGCCGGUCACAGAACUGCACCUGCUUUCGGAGUUUGCGGGCAAGGCGUUUGGAACUGGCAGUCCAGUCUGCAUCAUUACCGCUGGGGAAACUACAGUGUGUGUAACCGGAAGUGGUACGGGAGGAAGAAACCAAGAGAUGGCACUCGCAGCGGCAAUGAGGUGGGACGAAACGAGGUGCAAAGCAUCCCUGAUGUUUCUCUCGGCUGGGACGGACGGCAUCGACGGCCCCACCGACGCUGCCGGUGGAAUUGCUUAUCCUGCAACAGCGGAGGUCGCUCGACGACAAGGACUCGACUGCUCCAAGUUCUUGCACGAGAAUGACUCGUAUUCAUUUUUUCAAAGGUUAAGUGGUGGUGAGGACCAUGUAAAAACUGGGCCCACGGGAACUAAUGUAAUGGAUUUGCAAAUCAUGUUGCUAAUGCCCCCGACAGAGCUCUCCUCUAAUAGGAUAUGCAGUUCCCUGUAGAAAAUGUUGCGUAUGAAAGAUGUGCCUUUUUGUCUCUGUGUGCUUAGAGACCUGGUGUUAGAAAGUACUUUAGAACAAGAACUGUUUAAAUACUUUAAUUCUAAGCAGACGAGCAGGUGCAUCAACGUAGGUAAUGGGACAGCUUGUUGUCGACAGUUUAAAUACGUAUACUAAUUCAGCCAGGAAAAUGAAAUGUGACAUAGAACAUGCAGGACCAACAAGAAGCUAAUCCACAUUGAAAUUACAUCCUGUUCACAAUUAUGUAGCUCACAGCA